AUGGGGGGCGAAAGCUACCGCAGCAGCAGCCACAGCAGCAGCAGCAGCAGCAGCAGCAGGCAAGACACAAUGCCACCUGGCUCAUGGCAGCGGACUAAGCAGGAGUCCUGCUACCCUUCUUAUAGCAGCAGCAGCAGCAGCAGCAGCCGAAGCCAUAGGGGGGGCUGGGAUGUAAAGCCGGAGCAGCAAGACACAGCAGCAACAGCAGCAACAGCAGCACGGACCAGAUGGCGCAGCCGCAGCCCGCAGCGCGGGGCCCCUGCUGCUGCUGCUGCCGCUGCAGCAGCAGCAAAUGGCGGUUCGUAUAAGCGCGUGAAGGAGGAAGAAGCCUUUGAUUCGGCGACAGCUGCUGCUGCUGCUGCAGCACGAGCAGAACUGGCAGCAGCAGCAGCAGCAGCAAGCAAACAAGAAGCAGCAAAAAGAGCCAAAGAAGAACCAAGAAGCAGAAGGAGACGCCGCGAAGAAGAUGCAGCAGCAGCAGCAGCAAACUAUGAGUGGGGCGGAAAGGAGAUAGAAAAAAAGGAAAGAGACAAAAGUCAAGAAAGAUUCAAACCCGCGCUGAAGCCAACCUUUGAACCUUCUGGGCUGCUUGCGGAGGACGCUGGAGAGGCAGCAGCAACACAAAUGGAAAGAAACGGCGUUCCGCUUAAGCACGGGCCUCCUGCUGACGAAAGCCUGCCGGACAAGAAGUGGCGUCUUUACCAAUUCAAGAAGCAGCACCGCAAAAGCCUCGCCUCUCCUGACGAAGAGCCCGGAAAGGUGCUGCACAUCCACCGGCGUUCUUGGUUUCUCUUUGGAAAAGACAACAGGGUUGCUGACGUUUUGCUGCUGCACCCCACAGUCUCUAAGCAGCACGCCGUGCUGCAGUACAGGCGCCGCUUCGGCAACGUAGUGCCCUACAUAAUAGACCUGGAGAGCACCAACGGCACUUAUCUAAACGACGAAAGAGUAGAAGCAGCAAGAUAUAUAGAACUCAGGGAGGGCGACACGCUGCGCUUUGGAAAAAGCACUCGGGAGUUUGUGCUACUGCACAGCGGCAGCGUUGACGUGAAAAUGUCUUAUGAGGAGUUUCUGCAGCAAAGAGACAAAGAAAAGCAGCAGCAGCAGCAGCAGCAGCAGCAGGUGGGGUCCAGCACCUCUACAGCGCCUGUCUAG